GCAACUCCCGCCGCUCCGACUCUUCUCCCCGUGGCUCCGCUCGGCCAUCACCCGGCGGCGAGUUCCGCGUCCCCGGCCACUCAUUCACCUCCACCUGCGGCCACCUCCGCCACUUCCUCGCCGGCUCCUCCGGCGGCGCGUCCGACACUGCUCCACCAAUUCCGGGCGGACCUCUUACUCCCGAACGGCACCCAGUUGAAGAGCGGCGGCGUCGGUGUGGUCCCGAUGUCCGGGGGCGGGAACAAGCCCGUGUACGCCACUCCGUCCCCGGUGGAGAGCACCCCGCAGAACAACGAGUGCCGGCUUGUGGAGGCCUUUGACGUGUUCCUCAAGCACCUGGUCGGCGGGCUUCACACCGUCUACACCAAGCUGAAGCGGCUCGACAUCACGCCGGUGGUGUGUAACGUAGAGCAGGUCCGCGUGCUCCGGGGACUGGGGGCCAUCCAGCCCGGCGUGAACCGAUGCAAGCUCAUCUCCAGGCAGGACUUCGAGACGCUCUACAGCGACUGUACCAACGCGAGGUGAGGCCGGUCGCGAGGGGAUUCUGGGGCGGGGAUGACUCGAUGUGUGACCCCGGUGGUGUGUGUGGGGAUUUUGGGUGAGCAACCCUCGGUUU